AUGUUUUACAUUUAUUUUCAGUAUCCUUUCUUAAAUGAGGUUUGGGAAACAUAUAAGAAAUUUGAUGAAGAUGUGGAAAGUGGAUUAACCUCCAUUAACAUUAAUGGUGUUUGCGACAAUAUUUUACAAAAAAAAAAUUAUGCCAGUAAUGAUAAUAACAAAGAAUUUUGUAGGAAACUUGUGAGAAAUUUAGGGUGUUAUAAUUAUGAUUAUGAAUAUUACCAUCAACAUAAGGAUCGUUGUACGAUUUUAUACUAUUGGGUAUAUAAAACAGCAAAAGAAAAAAAUAUUGAUAUAAAUCUUAUUAAUGAUAUUUUUAACAAUUCUUAUAGUAAAACUUGUACGUACAACAGAAUAGCUAAAUGUUAUUAUUAUGCUUAUUACGAUCAGUUUGAAGAACCAGUGAACAUGAUAUUCUUGGAUAUUUUCCAAAAGUAUAUGAAUAUAGUAAGAGAUAAUUUGUAUAAACCAAAUGAUAAAAAUAAUGCUAAUUUGAUAAAUUAUAUUUGUAAAUGCGCGUAUAUAUAUAAAAAAACGAAUGAACAAUAUUGCGUUAAUAAUCAUGCUGAUGAGAAUAAGAGAAUAAACACAUGUAGCAUGUUAAGUACAUUUCAGCAAACAUUUGAUACAUUUCUUACUGGAGAAAGAUACAAAAGUUAUUUUAUACCAUUCUUAGAUGAUAUAGGAAACAUUAACAAUUCGGAUAAAUGUAUAUAUCCAGAAAGUGAAUUAAAAUCAUUUAUUGCUAGAGUAACAAAUGAAAUAAAAUCUUUAAAUUCAAGGAGUCAUGUCAUAAUCUUUUUAAAGAUAGAUUACAAUAUUCAUCGCAGAAUUCUGAUGAAGUUACAAAAAGAACUUUAG